AUGGACGACAACUUGAUGAACAGCUUGUGCAAGGAGAUCGGGUGUGAAGCUAAAGGGACAGUUAAAAGAACAUCAAAGGAUUUCAGUGGUGGGAAAAAGCUCAACUGCCCAGCAGAUUACAGAGAUGUAAAGUACUGUGUGAGCAAAGAUACCUGUCAGAAUGACCAACAAGCGUUCAUCUGGUGUAAAGGUUACACACCAAAAGAACCAGAUCCAACCCCAACACCACCCCCACCUACCUCCACUAUCCUUAUAGGGUUGGGAGUCAGUUUGGUUGUGUUGAUUCUAAUUAUUGUAUUUAUCCGAAACCGGAUUCUCAGGAGAAAUCGGAAAUCCAGAGUUUUUCCACAAAUGUUUCCAGGCAGAGAAGAAGAUCUUGACAGUGAAAUGUAUGAAGAUAUACACAAAUCAGAUGAGAUGGAGGAGGACUUCAGACAGGAAAGAUUCUUUGCAGAAACUGAGUCUGUGAAGGAUGGACGAGCGCAGAGCUCUUCCUCUCUGCAGUACGAUGAUGUGGAUGAAGUGAAUGAGGCUCAUCCCCUGACCCCUAAGGAAUCAACUUCUGCUUCUUCAAGAGGGAACUUUGGACAGGAAGAAGUCUCACACCAAAACAAUGGAAAGUUCUGACAUUUUAAUGCAGAUUUGAACCAUUUAUGUGUUUUAUACUUUACAACAAUCAGAUCAGCCACUGGCCGAAAGUAUAUUUAGUCUGAAGUUAAGUGUAACGAGAUUUCCUUUUACAGAUGGAGUCAGUUAUGAAGUGGAGGACGUGCCUGAGAAUUACGAUGACGUUGAAGACAUCUCUGCUAAUGUGCAGACCACAGCUGACGUCCACAAUCAGCUUCAGGCCACACCUAAGAGCACCACAGCGCCACCUGAAGGCCAACAGAGAGAUGAAGAUUACCUUGAGCCGAAUCAGGAUGGGUGAGACCAAACAAGGGCAAAAAUCUGCUCAAACUAAACUCAGAUGGAAUAUUCUCUAUUUUUAAAACGCCAUUUAAAGGACUCAAAUCUGUGGAUUUAAGAGUAAUAAAAGAAAUCUGAAUUAUUUGUACCUUUUUUCAUCUUUUUUUUCUUUUUUCUUAUUUGUGCUUUAUUAAAAUGCCAACUUGGAUUUAGUUAUUUGUUCAAAAACUGUCAAACAUCUAGUGGUUAGAAAGGAAUAUUCAACAUCUUAUUUAACCUCUUCAUGAUAAUUUCUGAACAUGGAUAUUUUUAUGAACUUUAGAAAAAAAUAUGAAUU